AUGAAAAACGGAGAACGGAUCCUACAGCUCUCGAAAGAACAACUGAAGCAAGAAGGCAUACUCGGAGAUGACUUUGACAUUGAGUACGGCUCUUUUCUAUAUUUAAAAAAAAUUAGUGAACUGGCAGAAUAAUAAACCAAAUGGGAUGCGGAGAGUCGUACGAAGGAGUGGCCGUCGGAGCAGACAUGUACCACGUGCAGGGAGUGCGCGCCUUCAUCGGACCCUACUGUAAUGCUGAACUGGACGCCGUCGCCAAGAUGGCCACCUUCUGGAACAUUCCGAUUGUCGGCUACAUGGCCUCUUCCAACAGCUUCGCGGACAAAACCGUCUUCAAGACACUGGCAAGAGUCUCUCUCCGAACCACAAACUCAUUGGCUGAGGCGGCCGCAGCUCUCGUGAAACACUACGGAUGGAACAGGGUUGCGAUCGCUACGAACACGGGAGCAGUGGCAUUCGAGAGAGUGCAGUCGUUUGAGGAAGUGUUCCAUCAACGAGGAGUCAACGUUGUUCGGAAGAUCAUGAUGGACGAGUACGCCGAUGCGAAGGCGAUUAUGAACAGCGGACUGCUCCAGGAGCUUGCGAACAGCGCGAGAGGUACGACGAAGAUCAGUCCUGGAGUAGUGUAGUUUGUUCUUUCAGUUAUUGUUUGUGCGUUCUCGUCGACUCGUGACAUGAGCAAGGAGUUCAUGCAAGCAGUCACUCUGUCCGGAAUGAACAAUGCUGAAUACGCGUGGAUCCUUCCCUGGCUCCAAACAGAGACCAAAGACAUUGCUCCGUGGCUUGGAGAGGACGGAGAGUACCAGCAGAAUGUGAAAGAUCACUUUGCAAAUGCAUUCAUUGUGAGUGGGAGAGAGGAAGAGAGAAAAGAGAUAAUAUCGAACCGUGACAGAUUGAUGACGUAAACGGGUUUGACAACACUCUCGUUACUCCAUUCAAAGAGCGAUUGGAAGCAAAUGGGUACACGACGGAUGACCUCGAACUGGUGGAGUUUUAAGAAUGAACUGAAUGUUUAAGCAGGGAAAUUCAGAAAAACAUAUACGGUUACAUUCAUUUGUACGAUGCUCUCCGUUUGUACGCAUUGGCUGUGAGAGCAACAAUGAAUGAAACUGGCAACGAAAAUGCGUACUUGGAUGGAAAGACCGUCUGGAAUCACAUGCGAAGGAUCACAUUCCCCGGGCUCGUUUCCAACGCCGGUGUCACUUCCGGAACUGUCAUGAUGGACGACAUCGCCGAGAGAGCUCCUGUUUAUGCUGGUAACAUCACUUUUCACGCCUACAUUCAUCUCAUCUUUCAGCAUUCUACGUUCCUCCAAACAGUGACACGGUUCGAAAAGUGUGCGAAUUGGAGCCAGUCCUCCUGUCCAAUUGUGACGGUCUCAAGUCCAAUUCCGGCUGUUACGAACUUGUCAUUUCGGAUCUCUCCACCGGAUUCUGGCCUUCCAUAGACGGCAGCUUGCCUCCCGAUGAGCCCCUCUGCGGAUUCCGAAACGAGAAAUGCGACUAUACGACGCUGAUCGUCGCGGGCUGCAUCAUCCUCUUCAUCAUCCUCCUCAUAAUCUCCGGAUUUUUCAUCUCGCGGAUCUGCGAGAAUCGAGCUUUGGCUAACACUCCGUGGAGAAUAUAUCGGGACGAUUUCCGCGUGAUUCAGGAGGAUGAGAUGAAAUCGAUGCUCUCCAUCGGCUCUUCGAAGACUAAGAUGUCGAACAUGAGUAUGUUUGUGAAGCAUCACGCCGUUGUCGGAACGAACACGCACGCAUCGUUCCAUUUGUACCCUCAGAGAAGACCGAUCCAGUUCAACAGACAGGACUUGCAGCUGAUGAACCAGAUGAAACAGGCGGUACAUGACAACCUGAAUCCUUUCCUCGGAAUGUCCUUCAACGAAAAGGAGGAGAUGGUUGUUCUGUGGAAGUUCUGCUCGAGAGGAACAGUCCAAGACAUUAUUUACAACACGGAAGUAGCGCUCGAUUCGAAGUUCCACGGAGCAUUCAUUCGGGACAUUACACUGGGACUCGAGUACUUGCAUUCCUCAAUCAUCGGAUAUCAUGGCUCAUUGUCUCCUUGGGCAUGUCUCAUCGAUAGAAAUUGGAUGAUCAAACUGACCGAUUACGGAAUUGCGAAUCCAUUGGAAAGGUGGGAGAAGUUGGGAUACAUAUCAACUGAAACACUGAAAGAAGGCGACGAUAAGAGCGGAUCGGCGCAGAGGACGAGUAUUCUCUAUCAGCCGCCCGAAAUGCUCAAGAACAGGGAGGACAAUAGAUUGCGAAGGAUGGACCAAUCGUGGGUGAAACAGUCCCAAGCCCGCCGGCAGAUGGGAGACAUCUACUCGUUCGGAAUGGUCAUGCACGAGAUCCUGUUCCGAGCUCUUCCGUUCCCAAACGGAACCAAUAUCAACGAAGUUCUUGAUUACAUCCGCGAUGGAACGAAGACAUUCCGUCCGACAAUCCAUGAUCGCACCCAGAUCCAUCCCGAUCUUGUUGCUCUUCUGCUCGACUGCUGGAACGAGAAUCCAGAAGUGCGUCCGUCUAUUCGCCGAGUCCGUUUGAAUACCGAGAACUAUCUGAAAGUGUAAGUAUAAUCUCCCCUUCGUCAUGGUAUUUAUCCGUUUAGGAAAGGAUCUCUGGUUGAUCAGAUGAUGAGAAUGAUGGAACAAUACGCGAACAAUCUCGAGAAGCUAGUGGCCGAGAGAACGGGAAUGUUGGAAGAAGCUAAUGUGCGAGCAGACAAACUGCUCAGCCAGCUGCUUCCGAAAUACGUGGCAAACGAACUGAAAAUGGGAAGAUCAGUGCCUCCGAAGACGUUCUCGAUGGCAACUGUCAUGUUCAGGUGAUUUUCAGUGGAAUAUUGAUUGACCAAGAGCAUCAACUCUUCAUUUUUCAGUGAUAUCGUUGGAUUCACCACCAUUUGCUCGUCGUCGACUCCGUUAGAAGUGGUCAGUAUGCUCAACAACAUCUACAGCAAAUUCGACGACACCAUCAACAAGCACAGCGCGUACAAAGUAAUCGAAGACAACUGUUGAUGCAUGUAUUUACAAUUUCAAUCAUUUCAGGUUGAAACAAUCGGAGACGCUUACAUGAUCGUAUCUGGAAUACCGGAAGAGAACGGAAAUGAGCACAUACGGAACAUUUGCGACACGGCUCUCGGUCUGAUGGUUCUUCUGAAAACGUACGAAAUCCCGCACCGUCGCAAUGUCCGUCUUCGCAUCCGGCUCGGAAUUCACACUGGAACCGUGGCCGCCGGUGUCGUCGGACUCACCGCUCCCCGUUAUUGUCUGUUCGGAGACACUGUCAACGUGGCAUCUCGGAUGGAAUCGACAAGCGAACCGGAGAAGAUUCAGAUGAGCCAGGAUGCACGCGACUUCUGUCUUCGCUAUUAUCAAGAGUACCAGAUUGUUCUCCGAGGAACCGUGGAUGCGAAGGGAAAAGGGCCCGUGACGACGUACUGGCUUCUGGGAAGACACUCGGAGAGUCAAAUGCAGCAGCAGAGCUUCACACAGCUCGGAAUCUAG